UUUCGAGAUAAACUAAACUAUUCGCCUCCGCGGUGUCUGGAAAGAAACUAUCGAUUCGUUCUCUUCAAUCGCUGGGCUCUGUCUCGUUCGGAGUCUACAGCGAGGUCUGAUUUAUGUCCUACAGACGGAGGUCUCAGUCUUUUUUUUCCUUGCUUACGCUCCCUACUGAUCUCCCCGUCUGGAGAUCCACACUCUCUUGUCGAAUGUUCGAGGGAGCGAAUAAGCAGUUAUCAGCAAGCCAUUACUCCACGCGGCGCGUGGAACAUGCGCAACCGGAGAAGCGACAAAAGCGCAGUCCUGGAAAGUCACAGGCGAUGAAUAGACAGCAAGCGCGCGGCCACAUCGACGUGCAGAAUCCGAAUGGACCUAAUAUCGAAUCCGCUCAGGAGGAUGAAGUGAACAAUUACAGAGGCUGCUGGAGGCCGUUUCGGGACCGCUGGAAGCCUGUGUCUGCGACGGGGGCGCAAAAUUAUCAGUCGCAAAAUCACGCCAGUGAAAGUGCCGCUGCAUAUCAGUAUCCUGCGAGUGAUGGCCAACAGGAAAUACAGCGCGAGUCUGGUAUUCCUAUGAAUGGUGAUGGUCAGACGCAUUCAAGUUUUCCGCCCUACCAGCCUUCAUCUGGUCACUCGAAUGUGGUUCCAGACCAGCAGUUACAUUGGCAGCAUGCGGGGGUAUCCGGUUUGAGUCCCGGAUGUGUCCAUCAGAAUUCUCCUCUUUACGAUGUGAAUAACACUGGCAUUCAUAAUUCUUAUUGGUCACCCCUCCCAAGCCAGAUUAACGUGCCAAACCCCUACGCCCCGCCGUUUCAGCAACAGUUGCACAGUCAACAGCAGCAACAACAACAACACCAACCGCCAUCAGUACAUUACGGGGUGGGGUAUAAUCUCUUUGGCAUCCCUCCUCUAGGAAAUGUCCCUGUCCCUACUGGUUCUGAUCUAGUAGCUCUUGCAUCUGCAGCUGCUUUCAUGGAUGUCUUCGGUCAGCAAAAUAAAAUCAACUCCCAAAGCCUGGAGGUCCUACCCUCUGGAGCAUACACUCACCCAGAUGCGCCAGCUGGGGGUGAUACGUCCAGAUUUCCAAAUGCUAGGAACAACGCUCGUCAUGCAACACCACAACAGCUCAGAGGACCACGUCCCCUUGUGGCCCCGGUGCCCACGAAAGAGUACAUGCAGCAAGCUUCCAGGCCUCCUAGACGUCUAGCCUCCGGGCAACCUCUCCUGAUUAUCCUUGAUCUUAACGGGACUUUGAUCUAUCGACGUCAUCGCCGUCUACCGCCCUCGUUCGCUAAACGACAUGGCCUGGAUGCCUUUCUGACAUCAAUAUUCGCAAAACACAAAGUGAUGAUCUGGUCUAGCUCCCAGCCUGUCACGGUGAAAGCUGUCUGCGCCCAGCUGUUCCCCAGCGAGAUGAGAGCCGCGCUGGUCGCGGAAUGGGGUCGUGACAAGUUCGGACUCACACAAUCUCAGUACAAAGAAAAGAUCCAGGUUUACAAAGUACUCGACAAAGUGUGGGGGGACAAGAGCAUCCAAGCGCAAUACCCAACUGGUGUUCCAAUCAUCCGCAAAGGAAACGGCAAUAAACCAGAUACGCCUAUCCAGAAGACACGCUGGGACCAGUCAAAUACGGUCCUCAUCGAUGAUAGCAUAUUGAAAGCCGCUGGUCAACCAUACAAUAUCCUCGAGGUACCCGAAUUCACGAAUGACCCAGCUGUGGACGAGACUCAUAUCCUCGAUGUCGUUCUCAAGAAGCUAGAGAUCCUAGCGCAGUAUGAAGACGUCAGCCAGGUGUUCAAGCACUGGAAGAGCAGAAGGAAGCAGAAAGAAUUUGGAAAUCUGGGACCCGGAGAUGACAUCAUUUGCAAUGAGCCGACUGAAAUACACGAUAUUGAAGACAACGUCUCAGAUCUCUCAGAGGGUCCUGACCCGGACACUGCUCCUGCAGCUCUGGUAGAUGGGGCACCCAUGACCAAGGGCGAGCGGAAAAAGGCUCGCAAGGAGGAAAGAAAGGCAGCAGCAGCAGCUCGAAAGAGGGAAAGGAAAGCUGCAGCAAAAGCAGCGAAGAAAGCCGCGCAGCAGCCCGUCAAGCAACAAGCCAAACAGAACCCUACCAAGGAGAAGAAGAAGAAGAACACUACAGCAACAACUGCAUCUGAGAAGCAACUCGACGAGGACGCAAAGCAAACCACCAUCACCAACAACAAUAAUAAUAAUAACAAUAACCCAAUCCUCGACGUCGACGCUGUAUGUGAUGGUUCCGCGUCUCCUGCACCUUCAAGCAGCUCUGAAAACUUCCUCCUCGAUAGACUCGAGGAGUCCUUAACUGUCUCCCCGGGAAAAGCUCCGCGGUAACUUCGAACCGCAGGUACUUUUCAUCCGACACUAUUCCCAGUUACUAAUAGCAAACCACUAGAUCAUUCAUACAAGACAUCUUAUUAUUAGUAGUUGUCACGUUGCAUGUCAUGUCUCGCUUUCUCCCUGAUACCACUUAGCAGCAAAUCUGUCUUGUUUGUUCGUUCUGAAGGAUUCCUUUUCCCCAUUUGUACGUACAUCAAACGAAAGCCAGGAUCGUUUCAAGUGACCAUACAAGAAGCCCUUUUUUUCUUCUUUCUCGAAGUCUCUUAGACAUUCUAGGAAUUGAUCUGUGGAUAUUUCGGGAGUAUGCACAGUGACUUUUGUAUUAAGAGUACUUAACAAUUGGUCGACAUAUGAGACGUUAAUACAUUAUUAUCAC